UUUCGGAUCUAUUGGCCUUCAGUGUAAUACCAAACAGUGUUUGUAUACAACACAUUAGUGCAUAGUAGGACAGUGAUAUAAUAGAGGACAGUUAAUUGAGUGCCAAAGACUAGAGAAUAAACGCCGCGAAUUUAAGGAUAUUGUUUAGUGCUUUAAAAAAAUUGGACUGCGGAAGACAAUUGUGGCUAAGUGCAUAGUGAAAUUCUGUUGUUUUAUGGGCAACAUGGAAGAAAAUCGUGUUUGUUUCAUAGACAUUCCCGAUCCAAAAUCACGUAGUAUUUCACCCUUAACACCUUCCCCUCGAAUGGAACGCAAUAUUGGAUUCUUCCAUGCAUUAAGUCGACGAUUCGGAAGACAAUCUCAUGAUGAGCUAAACUACAACGGCGAAGAGGACUCCCGAAGCUCAUCAACGGAUUCCUGUUCAUCAACGGCCGGAGGACAUAUACAGUCCAAUCGUAAGGAUGUGCAUAAUUCUAACCUGGAGCUAUCCUGUAGUUCCAGCGAUACAAGCAGUAAUGCCGGAGAUGUGGAAAAGACCAGUGUUUCUACCAGCAGGUUGCAUCGACGUUCUACGUCAUCGAUUCGGAGAGCACUUCAGAACUUUUCAAUCUCCACAAGGUCUCUAUCCUGCAGUAGUACACCAUUGAAGGAAUCCAGCCAAAAAUCCUUGAAGAAGCAACCACAAAAAAUUCUGCGACAGCCAGUAUCAUAUACAUAUCUUAAAGGCAUGUCAGGACUCCCGACACAACGAGUACCACGAACUUCUGUAUGCUGCCAGUAUUCCCGUCGAUAGAGGAACUACUUAAUCUAUUAGGAGUAUUUGUUACAAAUAAUAAUAUACGAUUAGGACAUUUUUUAUUAAUACGAAGUAAUUUAAUACAACUUGAAGCAAUUUUACAGAAGUAAAACCGCACCUAUCUAGCAAAGAUACAUUGAACAGAUAUACUUUCAUCCAACACAUUGAUAGAAAAUGGAAAAUUAAUAAUAAACCUUAAUCUAAAAUUUUUUCACACUUUUUCAAAGCAGAAAUUCGAAUUAUCAACACAGCACCAAUCUCACCUAAUUUACCAAAUUUAAAAUUACAUAGAAAAACUGACAAAAGCAUUAUAAACAUAUUCGCUUGGUAAUUAUAGGUAUUGGAUAGCAAUGGACGGUUUUCAAAAUUAAGUAGACAUUUCUCGAAAAUUGGAAGUAUCACUUCUAGCGAAUUAGGCAAAACGCGUUAUCCUUUCUAAAUCGAAAAUACAAUUUUAUGAACCAAAGACUGUUUUAAUCGAAGUAACUAAUGUAAUUUAGAAAUGAAAACGCAUGUAACAUAUAUGAAUAGUUAUAUAAAUCAAAGCGAUGAACGUAUUCUAGUUUUCCCCGUGUGUGUUCAUAUUUUUAAAACGAAUUCAAAUGAAAUUUAUUAUCAAAAGGAUACGAAAUAAAGCGAGCGAAAUGCAACUAAAAACGAAUAAUUGGAAAAUAAUGAAACUUUAAAAGUUACUGUGCCUUUAAGCCAAAUAAAUGGAUUUUUCAAUAUA